AUGUCUUCAGAAGAUUUUCCAACUAGUCCAUCUCCUAAAUAUAUUCCAUUUAGUGAAGAACAUGAAUCAAUUGUUUCUUGUGGAGCUCCUGUCGAUUUAAAUUUAAAAUCUUUAUUUAAAGAUUCAACAAUUGUAAUUGCUUCAGUUCCAUUUGCUUUUAGUCCAACAUGUACUGAAGAACACAUCCCAGAUUAUAUAAAACAUAUUGACCAAUUUAAAUCUGAAGGAGUUGAUAAAAUAAUUGUUUUAUCAGCUAGUGAUCCAUUUGCUAUGUCAGCUUGGGGUAAAGCUUUAGGUGUAAAAGAUCCAGCUAAUUACAUAAUUUUUGCUCAUGAUGUUGAUUUAGGUAUCGCAAAGGCUUUAGGAUCAGAUUAUAUUGCUGAUUUAUCUAAAGGUGGUUUAGGUGUUAGAAGUCAAAGAUAUGCUGGUAUUAUUGAAAAUGGAGAGAUUAAAUACCUUGAGUCUGAAAAUGAAUUAAAUUUUACUGAAAUUUCGAGUGCUGAAACAUUAUUGAAAAGAUUAUAA